AUGAUUUCCUUAUACACCUCUUAUUUUGAUCCAUCCCAAUUCACUAGAGGAAGCAGUUCUCCAUUUUUUCAACAAAUCGUUUUCAACAGUUUGUAUCUGGAAUUGUAUUGUUCAAUUGUUGGAUCAUUUUUAACAGCAAUUAGCUUAAUAAUACUACUUCAAAAAUCGAUGAGAACCUCUUCUAUAAAUAUAAUUUUGGCUGGAAUUGCAGUUUGUAAUUUUGUUUGCAUGGUUAUCGGGAUAAGAAAUUGGUAUUCAAUUCAAAAAUUGAUGGUUCCGUGUGCAUAUCCGAAAUCUUUAAUUGAAUUCCAAUUUGACUGGAUUCUUUCUUGUGUACACGACGCAUUCCGCCGCUCUUCUGCUUGGCUUGGAGUGUCUUUGACAAUCCUCAGAUAUCAAAUUAUCACUGAUAUCUCUCGAAGAAAUGGCAAAUUAGCCAAACCAGGACAUGGGUUGAAAGAGGUCUUUUUGACUUUUUUUGUUGGGUUUUGGAUCAGUUUGCUGUUUUAUUUUAAUAUGGAUAUUGCUAAAAGCGGAAUUUGGAAGCCAGCUUUGGGCUGUGGAAUUUCAGAACAGAUUCCUGUGUACACAUUGAAGUAUAACGCAUUUUUUGAGAAGAACAAUCAUUUCUUUUCAAGGGCGCGAUUGAUUGUGGAAGGAGGUUUUGUCAAGCUUUUCCCUUGUAUCACAUCUUCAAUUUUUACUGGAUUGAUGCUCCGUAAGCUCAGAAAGUCAAUGUCCAGUAGUUCUUCGAAAUCCAAAACCGAUCGAACUUCUUUCCUGGCAAUUUUCAUUUCAACUUCAUUCAUAAUUACCGAAUUCCCCAUUGGAAUUGUAGACCUGUACAAAGCCAUCUGGAAUGUUGAUAGUUAUAGUGAAAACGCCCAAUACAUAAUCCUAAUCUGUGAUGCCAUUUUUACAAUGAAUUCAACGAUUCAUUGUUUGUUAAUAUUUUUUAUGUCCGCUCAAUAUCGACGAACAUUCUGGAACCUUGUUCAAUAUCUCAAUUGCUGUACAGAAAAGAAAAUCUUCCGUGUCACAACUGUUCAAAGCAGCCUUCAAUAG